AUGUCCAAACGAUCCGAUAGCCCUACUUCCUCCGGGCCCACUCAACCUUCCUCCCACUUCUCCUCCCCCUUACAGGAAGCUAUCUUUAUUCUCGUCAUCGGCCUAUCCCAACUAUUCUCCGUCGGAAGCAUCGGCAACACAGCCUUCUCGGUCCAGCACAUCGGCGGAGCACUGAAUGCAUCCAGCAAUGGCCAGACCUCGUGGUUCCUGGCCGCAUACGCCCUGUGUAGCGGCGUCUUUGUCCUCGUCGGCGGACGGUUAGGUGACCACUUUGGACAUAAAUACGUCUUCAUCUUCGGCUGGAUCUGGAUGGCUCUCUGGUCGCUGAUCAGCGGGUUUGCACACAAUGUCAUCUUGUUCGAUUUCGCGCGAGGCAUGACGGGGGUGGGUAAUGGGGCCCUGGUUCCCAAUUCGUUUGCCCUCCUCGCGCGAGCCUUUCCGCCUUUCUCGACGAAGAAGAACAUCGCCUUUGCAUUUCUCGGGUUCUGUGCGCCGUCGGGGUAUAUCUUUGGGGGUCUCAUCGGGGCUGCCUUUGCCCAGCAUGUUACCUGGCGAUGGGGAUACUGGUUCUGGGCCGUCGGAUGUCUGGUCCUCGGUCUCGCCACGGGGGUGGUCGUUCCCCACAGCGUUGGAUCUCCUAUUCCGGGGCUCAGUUUGAGGCAGUUCGACUACAUCGGCGCCUGCACCGGCAUCACCGGUCUGGUGCUCGUCGCAUUCGCCUGGAACCAAGCAUCGGUGGUCGGCUGGCAAGAACCCUACGUGUACACCCUGCUGAUCGUCGGCAUUCUCUUCACUGUGGCCUUUGCCAUCUCGCAGUCACGCGUCUCCGCCCCAGUGCUGCCCAACUCCCUCUGGACGCGCAAGGGCUUUGCACCCGUCGUGAUCGCCAUGUUCUUCGGCUGGAUGUCUUUCAGCAUCUUCCUCUACUACACCACCACUUUCAUUCUGAACGUGCAUAGAAAGCUCCCUCUGUCUGCCGUGGCCGAGAUGGUUCCCUUGGUCAUCGGAGGCUUCUUCGCGACCGCCUCGGUUGCCAUUUUUAUCACUCGGGUGCCCGCGCAGUAUAUCUUCGGUCUACUGGGCGUUUAUCUUCCCCGCGUGCCUGCUGGUGGUGGGGGCCCUGAUCUGUCCUUUGCCUCGUCUGGGAUCCUCAUCACCAACGUGGUUCUGCCGGAGGAGCAAGGUGCAGCGGGCUCUUUUCUCUCGACGGUGGUGCAGUAUGCCAUCGCCCUCGGACUUGGCAUUGCUGCCACCGUGGAGGCCCACGUCAACGAGGGAGGAAAGGACGUGAUCAUGGGGUUCCGGGGGCCCUACUGGCUGGGCAUCGGGUUUGCGGCAGUGGGGCUUCUUGUGGUGGUUUUCCUUGUGCGAGACCACCGGUUUGAUUCCGUCAGGGUUGGAGAGAAAGACUUUCGGGGUGAUGAAGAGGCAUGA